CCAUGGUUCCAUGACGGCCGACGCGACAGCCAUGGACACGCCCACCCCAAUGCCGCGCGCCGACGAGCCCGACUCGCGCAACAGCCUGCGACACAUUCUGGCUGCCGAGCCUGCCGUGGACGAGCGGCCGCCCAUGGACGAGCAGAGAGCCUCACCCGCCGCCGACGAGCGCAAGGCGUCACCGGCCCUGGACGAGGCCAAGGCGUCGCCAGAGAGCGAGACUACCUCCAAGGCCGGCGGCGACGGCGGCGACGGCGAAGCUAGGCCCUACUACACGGCGACGACGACGACCACCCGGCGCAACGCCAACGGCAGCGUGUCAUCCGUGUACAGCGGCAACAAAAUCAAGCACCUCAAAAAGGACGACGGGAUCCCGCUGUGGCGGCGCGACAUCCAGUACGACUUCCUCAAGCUCGUCUUCGAGGACGACCGGCGCGUCUUCACCAAGCAGUCGGACGCGACGCCGGGCCACACGUUCGCCGACAUCUACCUCGACGCCAUGGCCAAGAGCAGCAAGUGCAGCAAGAUCCUCAAGGACAAGCUGCUGACGGAGCGCCCGGCGGCCAUCAACAUGGCCAUGGUGUGCCUGCUGGUCAACGUCGGCCGCAUGAACACGACGCUCAACUUCUUCCCCGAGAUGCGCGCCCAGCUGCGCACCUACCACUCGAUCCCCUCGCUGCAGGCCCACCAGGACCCCAACGCCUACAAGCAGCUGCAGGACGCCCCGCGCUUGAAGUCGAUUUUGAAAGGUGCCACCGAGGACACGGAGCAGCCCAGCACCGUCGAGGAGAUCAUGGCCGCGAGCAUCCCGCGCACCAACCCCGUCAACCUCAUCUUCGUCCUGUCGCAGUACGCCCCCAAGAUCUCGGAGCUGCACUUCUUCCCGCCACGUGACUUCUUCGACCUCGUCAUGCGCUCGAAUCUGAGCAGCAAGAGCCGCGCCACGGCCUUUCUGUGGCUGAUGUGGUGGUACCUCGAGAGCGACUUCUCCAACGGCGCGGCAGAGCGCAACCCCUUCGGCCCGGGGCAGGUCGGGCCUGCAGACGACCCGGCGACGGCCGAGACGCCCAUCAAGUGCCCGCCCUUCGCCAUCCUGACGCCCGAGAUGGAGACGCUCGAGAACGUCGACACGCCCGACGAGAAGGUCUUUGGCGAGAUCAAGCGCAAGGAGCGCAUUGCCAUCCUGGCGAGCGACAUGGCGCCCGUCGUGACUGGGCCCAAGCGCACGAACAAGAAAGCUUUCAACCAGAACCCCGUCUUCUCCGUCCUGACCGACGACGGCGCCUCUACGCCCGCCCGAGACAGACAGUCGCCAUCGCAUGGCUCCUCGCGCGGCCGCGGCAAGCUAGCAAAAUCAAUCAUAGAACGCGACUUCCCCUCCGACACGGACCGCACCCGCUCCGCAUCCCCCGCAGGCAGCGUCUACAACAUGAGCAAAAAGAUGCCAGCCACCUCCACCUCCACCGCCACCGCCACACCCAACAUGCGCAUAAACACGCUCCUCAACGACGACGCCCCCGUGUCCACCCCCGCAUCCAAAGCACCCAGCCGCGGCAACUGGACACGUACGCGCGCCCCCAACACAGGCGCCCGCAGCUUCAAAGCGCGCCUCGACGCCAACAACUCGCAAGACGGCCAAUCCCCCGGCCCCGGCCCCGGCCCAGGCCCCUCGGUCAGCGCCCCAACCUUCACCGGCCCCCACGGCUUCUACCUCCCGCUCAACGGCUCGGACCCCAGCCACAAGCGCACGCGGCCACUAACCCAACACCAGCUCGCCGUAGAGCAGUACCGCCGCCGCCGCGUAGACGUCAUCCUCGACCGCGGCAUCCGCACCGAAUACCACGCCGCCGCCAAGCGCCGCCGCAAAACAAACGCCUUCAUGCGCGCCUGGAUCCGCUGCAAGGGCAUGGCAGACGGCUAUGAUACGGAUGAAGAAGCAGCGAAAUUCGACAACCUGCAGCAGGGGUCCUCGUCCUUCGCUGACCCAGACGCGGGAUCCACGUCCUCCCCGCCUAUGCCCGCUGGUCUCGUCCCAUUAGACUUCGCAGGCGAGGUCAACGAUCAGGGCGAGGAGAGCUAUUUCCGCGCUAAGAUGUUGGGGCGCGCGUUGCGCCGCCUCGAUCGCUGGGAGAAUGGGCGUCGUGUCGAGAGGCGCAGGGCUAAGGCGGUGUUUGCUGUGGAUCGGAAUGGCGUGCGGGUUGCGGGCGGGGAGGCCGGGAUACUUAUGGAUGGCGAUGAUGAGGAUGAGGAUGGGGAUGGAGAUGCUGAUGGAGAUGUGGAUGGCGAUGAGGAUAUGCUGGAUGGGGAGGGGGAUGAGCUUGAGCGGAGGGAUGAGGGCAGUGAGAGUGAGGAUGAGGAGUAUGAGCGUGAUAGGGAGAGGGGGUUUGAUCCGCAUGUUUUGCCGCCGUUGGUGGGUAUGCACUGAUUCUCUCUCUCGGUUUCUUUCUUUCUUUUGAGGAGGGUUGAGAUAGGGGGUAUGUAUGAUUACGGAUGGGCUGCUGUUUAGCAUGGGCGUUAGGGAUGUGGGUUUCGCUGAUACCGAAAUAUGGGCUACUUUCUUCUUCUGUUCUGUGUGUGAGCUGGAUCUUUUAUUUCGUGGUAGUUGAUGCCAUUUAUUCCACACAUCCAGACCAGAAUAUUCAUCAUCCUUUUGUCUACC